AUGCAACAGCACUCUGAAUCGGAUGAUCAAUCUCCUGUUCAUGUAAUCUAGUUUUAAGAUAAGAAUAAUGAGAUUGAGUCGGAAGCCUUAUGGGAUUAGGAAGAAGGAUAGCAAGAAUAUCAUAUUCAAAUUAACACUGAUCGAAUUCUGGACAUAUUUCAAUCCAUAGAAACUUAAAUUGAUCCAUUUACUUGUGUCUUCAAAACGAAUCAAUAGAUGAUUGUAAUGUACAAACAGAAAUUGCCAUUGCUGAGAAGAUUAGGAUAUUUGUUAUGCAAGAGUGAAGCUAAAUAUUGCAUAAUACUAGUAAAACUAGAGAAUCAGAAUUCCUUAUUGAUUAAGUCUCUUAAAGGAGACUCUGAGAUAAAUGAUGGCAUCAUGAAAAAAAUAGGAAAUGCAAUAUAUCAAUUUUCAGACAAAAAUUAACAUCUGUCACAUAUAGAUGAGAUUAUGUAAGUGUAAAUUUAUAUAAGACAUGAAGAUUCGAGAUUCAAUCCUUUUCAUUUAGAUAGUUUGAGUGUUGCAAUGAUUUACAAACAUCUUCAAGACAAAAUUGUGAUACCAGAAAAAAUAAAUAUGAAAUAACUCUACAAUUUAGUUGAAAAAGAGCAUGACAAAAUAAAAGAAGAACCAUUGUUAAUUAAAUCAAUUUAGGUUAGUCAAUUCCAUAUCUUUACAAUUGAGCGUUACAUUUUCAAUAAGAUAUUUGAUUAGAUGAUGAAUCAGUAUAUUGAAAAGUAUUAAGAAAGACAGGAGUAGGUUGACUAGAAGAAAAUGCAAUUGAGAUAGAAGUAUUCUAAAGCGGAUUUAAUCCAUUCUUUGGAAAUCAAAGAUCAAUAUCUACCUCAAUCAGAGAUACCAUACCAUGAGGCCAUAAAUGAAUUAAAGUUGAUUAAUCUCUACAAAACUCCAACUGAAAUGUUGAAGCAAUUUCAAUAUGUUCUAGUUUUGAUUAGGGGAGUGGCUUUUUAAUGCAAUCAGAAGGAAGAAAUCAUUGCAAUGGAUGACGAAUUGCCCAUCUUAAUUUGGGUGGCAUUGAUGAGUGAUGUUCCUAAUCUCUAUGCAAAAAUAUUCUUUGUGGAUGAUUAUAUACAGGAAAUCGAAAAUGAGAAGCGCAUCUUAACUAAUCUGAGGGUCUCUUUAGAUUACAUAUCUAAAGAAUGGAAAUUAUGA